AUGGCCACCUGUUUUGUCUGUAACAGAAACUUCGAGACCAAACUCGGCUUCUAUCACCACAGGGGUACAGCAAAAGCGCACAUGUUCGACUGUCGCCGCUGCCUUCGACAUUUCAAGUCUCUGCGGGCUCAACAGCAGCAUGUCCGCGACUCGCCGAACCACCAUGUUUGCCACCAGUGUGACGAUGCGCAGGACUUUACCACUGCUGAGAAGCUGGACCAGCACGCGAUCAACGUCCACAACACGUGCUCCAUCUGCAAGCGGCGUUUUGAGACGUCGUCGAAUCUGCGUAGUCACUCCGUCGUGCAUCUGGCUGUCGAUGUCGAGUGCCCCGGCUGCGAUCGCACCUUCGUCACCGAGUCCGCCAUGGUUCUACACUUGGAGACGGGAACGUGCGCCGGCGGGGCGAGUCAAGGGUCGGUCACCCGCGCAGCACUCGACGCAGCAUGCUCCGCCGAGUACACUGGCGAGAACGCAAAUUUCGAAUGCCCAGACUGCGAGAAAGGAUUCCACCUUGCCAGCGCGCUACUUCAGCAUGCUGAAAGUGACUCCUGCGACGUGUCGCUGCAGCCUUUCAGCCCUCUGAGCAACUGUCUUUCGGCGAUCCGGGUUUUUUCUUGA